AUGGGCAAAAGCAGGCGGAACCUCCGCGCGCAAGACUCGCUGGCCACGAGCCCUGAGGCUACCAACUACCCUUCAUCGGAAGACAGCGACGCCUCGGACUUCCAGAGCCCCAGCAGAGAGGAUACCAACAACUUGCUACCCCAGAAGAUGGAGGCCACGAAGACAUCCGCAAAAGAGCAGCCGGCGCAGCCGCAGUCUCUCUCUGACUCUGAGAAGAAGCGACAGACGUUCAUCACCCGGACGAUAUGGACGUUUGUCAUGAUUGCCGGGUUCUUCGUCAUCAUCUUCGCCGGCCACCUCUAUCUGAUCAUCGUCGUUACCGCCGUCCAGAUCGUCUCCUUCAAGGAGGUCAUCGCCAUAGCCAAUGUCCCCAGCAAAGCCAGAAACCUCAAGUUCACAAAGUCUCUGAACUGGUAUUUCCUUGUGACAACAAUGUACUUCUUGUACGGAGAGAGCGUUCUCUAUUACUUUAAACACAUCCUUCUGGUUGACAGGAUCCUACUCCCGUUUGCAACGCAUCACCGCUUUAUCAGCUUCAUGCUCUACUUGAUAGGGUUUGUCUUCUUUGUUGCGACUUUACAAAAGGGACACUACAAGUUCCAGUUCACUCAGUUUGCAUGGACUCAUAUGGCCCUAUAUCUCAUUGUUGUCCAGGCUCACUUUGUCCUAAACAACAUCUUCGAAGGACUAAUCUGGUUCUGUAUCCCUGUCUCCCUCGUGAUUACAAACGAUAUCUUUGCCUACAUUUGUGGAAUCACCUUUGGCCGAACCCAGUUGAUUAAGCUAUCCCCUAAGAAAACCGUCGAGGGCUUUGUCGGUGCCUGGGUAUGCACAGUUAUCUUUGGCUAUGGCGCCACGAUUGUCCUAAAGCAGUACAAAUACUUCACCUGCCCGGUCAACGACUUGGGCUCCAACCUCCUGACUGGCCUCGAAUGCACUCCAAACCCUUGCUUCAAAUCCCAGCCAUAUACCAUGCCAGAAUGGACCCACAUCAACAGGACCUUCCACAUUGCCCCGGUCCAGUUCCAUGUUUUCGUUCUCUCUACGUUUGCAUCCCUUAUUGCACCAUUCGGCGGCUUCUUCGCCUCCGGCCUGAAGCGGACAUUCAAAAUCAAGGACUUUGGAGAGUCAAUUCCUGGUCAUGGUGGUAUCACCGACAGAAUGGACUGCCAGUUCAUCAUGGGCCUGUUCGCCUACAUGUAUUACCACAGCUUUAUCGCCGUUCACAAGGCCAGCGUUGGAGGAGUUAUCGAGAAUGCCAUCACCGGACUAACGGUUGAUGAACAGAUAGAGCUUAUCAAGGGGCUAAGCAAGUACUUGUACAACCAAGGAGUUGUCUCUGAAUCGCUCGUGGAGUGUUUGAAUGGAGAUUAUAGACGGCUCCGUCGAUGA